AUGACACUCCUACAUACGAUUUCCAAGAAAAUCGUAUCAAUGAUUUGCAAUAUCUUACGAUUAUUGGUAUUUGUGUUACUAGUCAAUACUAUAUUUGGUUCAUACGGAGCGCGUAAUGCCAAUCAACAACUUUACAAACUAUUAAAACAACGUUCAAUCGACAGCGACAAUGAAUAUGUUUGGUUUACAAGAGAUACACAUGACAACUUCAAUGAUGAAAACAUGAAACCAAAUCAUCAACGAAAAAUACACAAUCGAUUUCAUUUGAAAAAUCGUCACAAGACUUUUAAUCCGAAGCAUACUGUUGGUGAAAAUGCCAUGUAG